AUGCCCGUCUGGUUUUGGGGAGGCGAUUGGCUGGUUGGAGGAGUUGCUGCGGUAUGGUGGGGACCCCCGUUGGCUGUUGGCUGCGACACCUUCUUGAUCCCCGUUACACAGAUCGACACAUGGCCCAUUGAGUCCGCAAUAAAUAGGUCCCAGCCGGUAUUGCUGAAUAGGACGUUUGUCAACCUGGAGAGCGGAUACGCCGAGGACAACGAGUCAUGA